GGCCGCAGCCCAGAGAGCGGAAGCCGGUGGCCAGGCGGAGAGCCCCGAGCGCGGGCGCGGGACCGCUACGUGCGUGGGGAGCGCGGGGCUGCGCUCGGGUGCGCUCCUGGGUGCUCGCCACCGCCGCUGCUGCGCCUUUGAGUCAGCAAACUCGGCUGCCCGCGGGCCCUCGCCUGCCUCCCUGCCCGGAGCUGCCGCGCGUUGAUCUCGUCCUGUGCUGAAGAUGUUUCCAGAACAACAGAAAGAGGAGUUCGUGAGUGUCUGGGUUCGAGACCCUAGGAUUCAGAAGGAGGACUUCUGGCAUUCCUACAUCGACUACGAGAUAUGCAUUCAUACCAAUAGCAUGUGUUUUACGAUGAAAACGUCUUGUGUGCGGAGAAGAUACAGAGAAUUUGUGUGGCUGAGGCAGAGGCUCCAAAGCAACGCACUGCUGGUGCAACUGCCAGAACUUCCAUCUAAAAACCUGUUUUUCAAUAUGAACAAUCGCCAGCAUGUGGACCAACGGCGUCAGGGUUUGGAAGAUUUCCUCAGAAAGGUCCUACACAACGCGCUCCUGCUCUCCGACAGCAGACUUCACCUCUUCUUGCAAAGCCACCUGAAUGCAGAAGACAUCGAGGCGUGCGUCUCUGGGCAGACCAAAUACUCUGUAGAGGAAGCCAUUCACAAGUUUGCCUUGAUGAACAGGCGCUUCCCUGAAGAAGAGGAAGAAGGAAAAAAAGAAAACGAUAUAGAUUAUGAUUCAGAAAGUUCAUCCUCCGGGUUUGGACACAGUAGCGACGACAGCAGUUCACGGGGGUGUAAAAUGAGCACCGCUCCGCAGGAACCCUGAGCAAGAAUUCUAACGUGACCAUCUUAGGAAACUCAAAUUAUGUCCAGUCAUAGAGAAGAAAGCCCGCUGAUGAUAUAUUCUUACCUAAAGCUCACUGUCAUGAUAUAAGGUAUUUAAAUUCUUCAAGACGUUGGGUUGUUUAUUAGUGCUGUUUUUAUGUUGUCUUACUUUGGCUGAGCUUCCGUAGAAAGCGAAAAGCCUGUGAUUGCAACACUCUGUUUUAUAGGCACACAUUAUUGGUAACACAAGAUCCUGCCCUCAAAUGAAAUGAUUUAUAUGUUCCAAAAAAAAAACCCGAGUUGGUUUUAUGGAAUUUGAAAAGACAGGGAAAUAGAUAGCAUUUAAAAGCCAGAUAGAAGAGUCCUUCUUGUAUCAGGGAGGCAGUGUGACCGUGAACACAGCAUGCGUGAGCUUACCCACGAGGAAGGCUGGCAGGCUGGACCAGACCGCCUCAUCCAGACAUGUGGUGAUGCUUGGUGGGCACCUCCCCGGUGCUGGGAGACUCUUUGCUUUUGGAUGUUGGACCAAAAUGUUUUAAGAGCAUUUAACCUUUCCAGUAUUCUGCUUCACACUUAGAUGGGGAAGGUAUCUUAUGAAUAAAAACAUAAUAAAGGAAUGUUUACACGUCAGACAAAACAGAAAUCCUGCCGGUAAUUUUGCUGAUAUUUGCAAUACGUAGAUUCAGAAAUAGUUUCAUUGUCCAACAUCAGCUUUAACACAUGGUUUCUGGAAACAAAUCAUUCGUUUUCAUUAUCAUUGUGUAAUUAGGAUUACAGGUUAAUGAUUUAUUUUCUGACUAAAUGUGCAAUUUCUCAUCACUAGAUAACUUUGUCAGUGGUGGUGGCUUGUUACUUAUGUUUAGGUUAGAAGUAGUACCUUCUACAAAUCAAUACCUUUCAUUUUACCCAUAAGUAUUCCAAUACUUUAGAAAGGGAUAUCAACUUGUUAAUUUCAGAAUUAAUUAUUCAUUUUUUAAAAAGCCUUUUCUUUUUAGGUGUCUGCCAGGGAAUUGGUAUAAUUUAAUAUAAUUUAAUAAAAAAUUUUUUUCCGUGGCCCAAAGUGAUAAUGUCUUAAACUACGUUGAACUUCACAUUUCGGAUGAAGCAGCAUUUUCCUGAGAUAAUUAUCCAAGUUUCUUCCCUGUUGAGCAGUGCCGCCUAUCUCUGAAACUGACAGGAAGGUGUUUUUAGAUAACUGGGGUAACUUGUUGCUAUAACGAAAUGUUACCUCACUUCAUUUUAAUUGGAAAUUUAAAAGUUAUUGUAUCAUUAAAAAGUCUUUGAAAUGUCUGUAACUAAGAAGAAAUAGAAACAAGUUAAAUUAGAAUAAGAAUGAUUUCUGUAGCUUUUUUUUUUUUUUUUUUUGUUCGGUGUAAAACAUUAUUGAACUUUUGUAAAUAUUCUGAGUUAAUGUAUUGGAUCUUGUUACUUUAUCAUCUAACACUCACUAUUUCGAUGCAGGAAAAAAGAGGUUUAGCAAUUUCUUUUUAUCUUGCCAACAUGUAAAAUUUACUGUCCCAUCAGUCAAGAGCGAUCCGCAGCUCUUCUCGAUCUGUAUUUGAAUUCACAUCAUUUCUGUUUUUCAGCAGUUUCGAAAAGCAUGCAAUGUAUGCUACCAACUGUCAUAUUACUUUUAGAGGAUGUAACAGCCAUCAAAAUGGAUAUUAAGUAAUGCCUAAUACUGUGGUAUUGUCAACCUCACGAGUUCACCAUUUUCACAUUAAACAUGAAAAAAUCAA